AUGAAACUGAUAAUUUGUAUGUUCAUUUUCGCAUUCUUUUCUUUUGCAAACGCAAAUGAAAAUAAAGAAGUGGAAUUAUUAGAUGAAGUCGACAAGAAACUAAUUAAUGAAAUUAUAACUUUUGCACAAGGAUUAAGGAUAGAUGAAGUAGCUGGUAUUACAGCUGAGAUAAACGAAUAUAUAGACAGACUUUUUCCAAACAUUAGCAACUAUUGCAUAUCUCACAGUUUAGAUCCUGCUCCCCUCGAUGAUGUUAAAGAAAAGUUUCUACUAGCCAAGAUAAAUUUCGUUAAAGGUUUUUUACAUGGAAUUUCAAAUUUGGUUAGAUAUGGCGAUGUUACAGUCGGCUACCAAAGCAAAAUAAAAACAUUGACGUUGACCCUGCCAGUUGAAUUUUCCAAUCUUAGUUUUACUUACGAUUAUACAAUUAAAGUACUUGGGAUUGGACCUUCAGGAGAUUUGAUUGGUAAAGUUGACAACUUCAAAUUUUAUCUUCAACUGAGUUUCAAUUUAAAUACUUUGACAGCCCAGAUUGACAAUUUGAAAACCACAGACAGUGGGUGCAGCUUUGGGAACUGGUCUAACUGCUGCAGGAGAAAAGUGUGAUAGUUACAAGCUUAUCUAUGGCGAAGUAAAAGAAUUUUUGUUAUCGUAUCCAGAGGUUAAAUUUGUAGAAUUCUCUAAUUCAGGAACUAAAAAAGUAGAAGUAGUAGCCUGAUAAACUCGGGAGGUAGUAGGUCGUUCCAAAUAACCAGCUGUUAAAGUAUUCCAACUUGGCUGGUUAUCUUUUGUUUCUGGAAGCGCAUCAUGAGGAGUAGUUAGUAGGUUCUUUUCACGUUCUACUGGCACUAGUUGAAGAGUUCCAACAUAGGAAGAUGGCUGGUUAUCUACUUGUUCUACUAGAACAUUAGGUGCGAGGGGCGGUGGCCGAUCAGUAACACUUGCCGAUAAAAAAUCGUCUUCACUGAAUAUUUUUCUGUUGAAAUAUUCCAUGCCGGUACACUGAAAGCCUUUAGCAAUAUUUAUGAGGGUAAGAGCCAAAGGCAAAGCUUCUCGGGCCAGUCUGGGUAUGUCGUAGAUAAUCAAUGAUUUACCCGGAUUAUUUCGCAUCAGAAGACAUAUAUAUAUUUUUUUAAAGCCCCGUACCUGUCCAGUGGUUGCAGACGAUGGGAACAAUAAAGAGGGAAUAAAAACAAUACCACCCCAUUGUCAGUAGAUAGACAACCUAUGUAUGGCCUCACAUAGGGAAUUCAACGUGUAAGAGUGAGAGGUACAUAUUCAAUGGUUAAGAGUGAGACAGAC